CGCCCGGGCCCCGCCUGCGAGCACGAGGGGCGGGGCGCGGGGCCCGAGGUGAGGGACCGCGGGCCCGAGGGGAUCCAGCCAGCCCGCAGCCGCCGCCGAGGGACCAGCCGGGCCCCGCCGCCGCCGCCGCCGUCCCCGACCGCGCCCCUGCCUGCCCGGGCUCCGCGCCCCAGGACGGGCGGCCAGGCCCAGCCCCGUCUCCGCGAGCUCGGGGACCCCGACGGCGCCCAGCCAGGAGAGGGGCCGUAGGAGGAAGACAAGGAGAAGGGCGGCCUCGCCGGGGACCCGGCCAUGGCGCUGGACUUCCUGGCUGGAUGCGCGGGGGGUGUGGCAGGCGUGCUUGUGGGACACCCGUUUGACACCGUCAAGGUGAGUGUCGUCACUUCUUUUCUCGGUGCAUACAUUGGAGAGAGACUCGCGGGGUUGGGGUGGCCGGAAGCCCGUUUCAGUAUACAGCCCCAGGUGGGCAGCUGCUUUCCCACCAGGCCAGGUUGAACCUUCCUCUCUGGUCUGUCCAGGCAUUUCCUGGCUGCGGCUGAACCACAUGCUGGGUUCAUGGCCAAGUCCAUCCUGGGCUUGGCCAGCUGGGACCGAGGUGCCGAGGUUUCCUCCCACCCAGAGCAAGGACACCCACAUUGUUCCCAUGCAGAACCCCCCACACAGUGCCUUGAAAGAAAGAGAAGUUCAGAGAGAAAAUACAAAAAAGCCAGAACUUGUCGAUAUCGCCCAUGAACAUGGCCUUCACGGAGUGGUGCUCAUCCUUACAGAGCAACGGAGCAAUGGUUUCCCACGUGCCAGAGGCUGAGGAAGGGCCCUGUUAGCCGGUUCCCUGAUAACACCCCACACCUCCAUGAACCGGGGUUCCAGGCUCUCAGAUCCCACACAUGGGAAACCAGGGAAAUCCAUGUCCUCCAGCUGGAAAUUCCCAAAUAAAUCCCCCUGCCCUCCAAUGGUGUGUGGGCUGUGUGACCUGAAAAUAGCCCAGUGGUGGGACCCUUCCCUGCCCUUUUCCCUGGGCCCCAGGGCGAGCUGAGUGGGCACCAGGCCAGCCCUGCGCCUGCCGGCAGCACUACACGGAGCCCCUCUUUCCACUGAGGGAAGGCAGAGCUGAUGGCAAGGCAGGCUGAGCAUCCUGAGCUGGGUUUGUGGGAGACGUCCGGUCUCUUUAUUCUCCAGUGAGCCCAGGCGUUUACUGUCAGAGACAGUGACUUCUUACCAUAGGGCUGGAUUGCACCCAGUGCAAGAGUGACAGUGUGGCCUUCUGUGUUGGCUGUGACCUUAAAAAGUUCUGUCCCUGGUCGUCAUGCAGGUCCAGGCCCCUCUGCCAGCUGGUUUUCUGCAUGACCUUGGGCUGGUCAUUGUAUCUUUUGGCUCAAACUUUGUCAUUGUGCCAGUGCUCCACAGCAUAAUUUAUGUUGGAUUAAAUACCAGCUCUGAAAAGCACAACUCUUCAUCCACGGUGGGCCAAUCUGGGGAGGAAGCUGAAAGGCCAGGCUUUCUCAGCAGGCAGUGACUGCACAUUUGCUACACGGGCCUCCUGAGAGGGAGGCCAUGCAGAGCCUGCCCACGCUGUCCCCGGCCCCAGCCGUGCCCACGCGCUGCCCAGUCAGGCCACUUGUGAAGCCUCCCCCAGGCCAGAGCAGCCCAGGAUAGCUGGGCAGCGUCCACGUUGCAGUGUGUUUAUAUCUUGGUCAUGCGUUGUGAACGCCUCUCCCAGCCAAGAAGUGCUUCACAUUCACUUCCUCUUUCCAGCUCCAAGGAGGCCUGGGCUCUCUGAGCUAUGAAUCAGCCAGGCUUGCUUCUGGCUCCCGCCCGGCCCCCUCAGGCAGCCCCUGGCAGGCCAGAGAGCACUUUUGUCCUGGUGCUCCUCCGUCCUGAGCCACUGAGCCCACGAGCAGCACCCUUGAAGUUACUCAGGGACAGGAGUUUCUCCAGCCCAUGAGGUUUUUACCCCCCAGACCCUGCUUCCCUGACAUCUUUAGAAAAUCUAUUUGUGACCUUUUUUUUUUUUUUUGGCCACUGUGUUGUUCCAGCAUCACAUUUGGAUGUACCUACCUUAAAAAGGUGAACUUUGGGAGCAGCCGUGGCUCAGGCCAGUUGUCCUGGUGCUUGAGGAGGCGAGGCUGCGCGUUCGAGGCCAGCCUGGGCGACAUAGGAACCUCUCAUUCGUUAAAAAAAAAAAAAAGGCUGAACUUUCUUUUUUGAGAUGGAGCCUUGCUCUCUCGCCCAGGCUGGAGUGCAGUAGUGUGAACUCGGCCCACUGAAAGCUCUGCCUCCCAGGUUCAAGCAGUUCUGCCUCAGCCUCCUGAGUAGUGGGACUACAGACGUGGGCUGCCACGCCCGGCCAAUUUUUGUAUUUUUAGUAAAGAUGGGAUUUCACUGUGUUGGCCAGGAUGGUCUUGAUCUCCUGAUCUUGUGAUCCACCCACCUCUGCCUUCCAAAGUGCUGGGAUUACAGGUGUGAGCCACUGUUCCUGGUCUGAACUUUUUUUUUUCCUUUGAGACAGAGUCUGACUUUGUCACUCAGGCUGGAGUGUAGUGGCACGACCUUGGGUCACUGCAACUUCUUCCUCCUGGGUUCAAGUGAUUCUCCUGCCUCAGUCCCUGCAGGAGAAUCAACCCCCCAGUAGCUGGGAUCACAGGCACAUGCCACCACACCUGGUUGUUGUUUGUUUUGAGUUGAGGUUCAGCACAUGUAGAACGUGCACACAGUCCAGGUGUACGAGUCAUCGCAAAGCACACGCAUGGGGAGCCGCCACCCAGGAGAGACAGAACAUGGCCAGCCCUCUCGAAGUGCCUGCUCCUGCUCCUAUCAACUCCUCGCUCCCCUUCUUCCAAGGCUUCCACUGGCCUAACUUCCUCCUUUUUUUUUUUUUUUUUUUAAGAGACGGAGUUUCGCUCUUGUUACCCAGACUGGAGUGCAAUGGCGCAAUCUCAGCUCACCACAACCUCCGCCUCCUGGGUUCAGGCAAUUCUCCUGCCUCAGCCUCCUGAGUAGCUAGGAUUACAGGCACGCGCCACCGUGCCCAGCUAAUUUUUUGUAUUUUUAGUAGAGACGGGGUUUCACCAUGUUGACCAGGAUGGUCUCGAUUUCUUGACCUCGUGAUCCACCCGCCUCGGCCUCCCAAAGUGCUGGGAUUACAGGCUUGAGCCACCGCGCCCGGCCUUCCUCCUUUUUUUUAAGACAGGGUCUUGCUCUGUCACCCCAGGAGAAACGCAGUGGUACAGUCAUAGCCCACUGCAGCCUCAAUUUCCCAGGCUCAAGCCAUCCUCCCACCGCAGCCUCUCAAGUAGCUGAAAUGACAGGCACACACCACCAUACCUAGCUAAUUUUUUUUUUUAAGUUUUUAGUAGAGAUGGGUCUUGUUAUGUUGCCCAGCUGGUCUCAAACUCCUGGACUCAACUGUCCUCCUGCCUUGGCCUCCCAAAGUGCUGGGAUAACAGGCCUGGCCCACUGUCCUGACUUCCAACACCCUGGGACCCUUUUGCCUGGUUUGAACUUAAUAUAAUUGCAGCUGUACCCCAGAAUCGUCACGGGACACCCGAGUCCAUGUCAGUCCGUGCUGUCACAUGCCGCAGACCAUCUCAUGGCUGGGACAGUCACAGUUUAUUCUCCCAGGCCCUUGGGACUGAAAGAAUCCAAAAUUUGGUUCUCCAUAGCACGCAGAAAUACAGCCACCGUGCUGAAGUGCACGGCCCUCACACGUGAUUCUGCACGAGGGGAGUUUUCUGUUCUGCUUCCUUGAACACAACAAGAAUCAGGGAGCAGUCACUUUCAUCAGGGAGCAGUCAUCUUGACCUGUGAUGAGGGGGUGACCGGCCAUCCCUGGGCAGGGGACGGGGAAGAAGGGUGGGGGCUGGCUGUGGGGGCCCCGCGCCUAGAUGUGAUGUUGAAAUUUUGUGUUGCUUUAACUGCCUUUACUUUCUGAGCUAGGGGCUGUCUCCAUCCAUAGCAAAAGUGUAACUUUGUUGUAGAUGGGCGUAAGCCUCACCCUGGAGAGCGCUAGUAAGUACAGACCAGGUGAACCAGACCCCACCCUGGACCCCACCCUGUCAUGCCCAUCUCCCCAACCCCACAGUUCCCUCCGUGGCAGGGGACAGGGAGGGUAUGAGGCAAGCUUGGGCCCAGCACAGGUCCUGGGGUGGAGGCCCAGGCUGGUUAAAAAAAAUCAGCCCCCUCUGGACUGGGGGUCCUCACGUGGGACCUACGGGGAGCUGGGAGCUUCCUGAGCUUGAGUACAAAUGACUAGUUUCCCAGGGGUGGGCCCGUUCCCAUCAGUCCUCAAAGGAGAGCCUGUCACCCCAGACUUUCAGAGCCUCAGCUGUAGAUUAUAAGACCUGGGACAUCUCCCAGAGAGCGAGAGCUCGUCACAGACUGAGGGGUCAGGCCUCUGCCCAUAGUGGUGGGAGCAGCUGAGCUGACCUAAGCGUGAUGUUCCCCAGCGGGCUAGACUCGGGCAUUCACCCAUGUCUGUGGCCUGCGGAGGCUUCCCAACACUCCGCAGGUGGCACUGAAUAUCAGGCCUGGGAAGGGACAGCUCCAUGCCAUGUAAGUUCUACUCACACAGUCCUCUUAGUGCCAGUGUUGGGGCUGUAGGAAGAAGAAAGAUCCCCCUAGAGACCCUAGAUCACUGAAGGGAAAGCAGCAAAGCUCACAUCAAGGUGCUGGCUGAGAGCUGGGCCUCCGGGGUGGGAGGGCGCUUCAGCGAAUCGCUACAGUGGGCACCAGUUGCCCAGUUUCUCAAAGCAUUGGCUUCCAGCUGCUGAGGUCCUGGGGGUACCGAGUUGGGGCUUGUUUCCUAACAAAACGUUUUUCGUAAGUGCAUUCACCAAUAGAGGACCCACCUAUUCUGGUGGAGAGAAUUGGAAAAGGUUGCAAAAUCCAGCUAAGGCCUGGCUGUUCCCCAGUGAGGGCUCUGCUUUGCCAGCACCCCCGUCCCACCCUCACCCCGACCAACACAGCCGCUCCUGUCCCUGGAGACGACAGCUUUGGCCAAGUUAUAAAACCUCUCUGAGCCUCAGUCUUCCCAUCUUGGAAAUGGGGACAGUUGUUCCAAUGCCCAGAGAUAAUGAAUGUGAAGCCCUCCCCUGUCCCAUACUGCCUAGUGCCAAAGGCACUUUGCUCUGUGGCCCUGGCUGUGAGGAUGGUCAUUUUUCAGUCAGACCUAGGAAACCAGACCCUGAGAAUGUGACUUGACCUAGUUUCCUCCCACCCCUCCCAACGACUCUGAGCCUGCUGUGGAGCAGAGAUAAGCUCAUAGGCAACAAAGGGCGCUUUGACAUGGAAGAGGUUCUGGGCCACUAGCUCGAGGGCGGCAGGGCCUGACCAACGUCCCAGGCCCCAGAGCUGCUGACGUGGGUCCCCAAGGGGGUUGCUGCCUGUUCUCUUGCUGCCACCCUGUUAACUCAUAACUGUUCUUCUCACGAGAGGCUACUGGCAGAGGCCAGGCAGGAGUUUCUGGAGCCAAGCCUCAUUGCUUGCAUUUUAUUUUAAUUAAUUUAUUGAGGUGAAGUGUCGCUUUCUUGCCCAGGCUGGAGGCAGUGGCGUGCUCUCACUGUAUCCUCUGCCUCCUGGGUUCAAGUAAUUCCCACCUCAGCCUCUGGAGUAGCUGGGAUUACAGGUGUGUGCCACCAUGCCCAGCUAAUUUUUAGAGACAUGGUUUCAACAUAUUGGGAAGGCUGGUCUCAAACUCCUGACCUCAAGUGAUCCACCCGCCUCGGCCUCCCAAAGUGCUGGGAAUACAGGCGUGAACCACAGCGCCUGGCCAGGCUCAUCACUUUAGCACCUAUUGCCUUGAAGCCAGUCCCUGAUGGGACAUUAGGCCAGGGGCCCUUCAGGCAUGGUCUGGGACAUGGGCCGCUCACUCAGCAGUAUGGCAGGCAUCACCCAGAGAAUGGGCUGGUCUCAGGAGGUUGUUCAUGCCCCACUGACAGUGCACUGUGCAGCCACAGUGUAGACAAGAGGCUCAACCUCAACUGGUCUGAGAUCUUGGGGACCCCUACCCUGUCUCCAGCAGCCUGUCCCUGUAGCUGUUUGCCACUGGCACCCCACCCUGAGGAGGUAUGGACGCCUGGCCUGCCCCACCCUGGAAUUACAAAAGCCUCAGACUGCGGCUGAGUGCCCCACCUCCUUGGGAGACCCUCCCAGGCAGCCUGAGUGUUGGAGCGGGGAGCUGGGUGCUCUGGCUCCACCUGUCCGCCUCUCACUGGGCCCUCUCCUUCCAGGUGCGGCUUCAGGUCCAGAGUGUGGACAAGCCUCAGUACCGCGGGACCCUACACUGCUUUAAGUCCAUCAUCAAGCAAGAGAGCGUGCUGGGCCUGUACAAGGGCCUGGGCUCGCCGCUCAUGGGGCUCACCUUCAUCAACGCGCUGGUGUUCGGGGUGCAGGGCAACACCCUCCGGGCACUGGGCCAUGACUCGCCGGUGAACCAGUUCCUGGCGGGCGCUGCGGCAGGCGCCAUUCAGUGCGUCAUCUGCUGCCCCAUGGAGCUGGCCAAGACGCGGCUGCAGCUGCAGGACACGGGCCCGGGGCGCGCCUACAAGGGCUCGCUGGACUGCCUGGCGCAGAUCUACGGAAACGAGGGGCUGCGCGGCGUCAACCGGGGCAUGGUGUCCACGCUGCUGCGCGAAACGCCCAGCUUCGGCGUCUACUUCCUCACCUACGACGUGCUCACGCGGGCACUGGGCUGCGAGCCGGGCGACCGCCUGCUGGUGCCCAAGCUGCUGCUGGCGGGUGGCACGUCGGGCAUCGUGUCCUGGCUCUCUACCUACCCCGUGGACGUGGUCAAAUCGCGGCUGCAGGCGGACGGGCUGCGGGGCGCCCCGCGCUACCGCGGCAUCCUGGACUGCGUGCGCCAGAGCUACCGCGCCGAGGGCUGGCGCGUCUUCACGCGGGGACUGGCGUCCACGCUGCUGCGCGCUUUCCCCGUCAACGCCGCCACUUUUGCCACUGUCACUGUGGUGCUCACCUAUGCGCGUGGUGAGGAGGCCAGGCCCGAGGGCGAGGCUGUACCCGCUGCCCCUGCGGGAGCCGCCCUGGCACAGCCCUCCAGCCUGUGAGGCUCGCCCCCUGCCUCCUUCCCCGGGGCCCUUCUCGGAAACUCGAGACGUAAACUGGCCCCUGAGCCGACUGCCAUGUUGGGGCUGGGAUGCUGUGGGCUGUGGACUCUGUCAGACCUGGGUUGAAUGUUGCUUAUCAGCUGGGUGACUUUGGCUGAGAACUUCACUCCGCUGGCCUCAGUAUUCUCACCUAUGAAAUAGGGAUCCUCAUAUCCACAUUGUAAAGUCACCAAGGUCAGAGACUAUUCCAAGCGGCAGCUGGACCCGGCCUGGCUGAGGCCAUGCUGUGCCCCGCACCAUGACCCUGGAAACCCAGGCAGACACUCCAGCUCCUUCCCGGGUCCCGGCCAUGCCAUUGUGCUUCUGCCCUACAUGCUGGUGCCUGGGGGGUCUCUGACGACCCACCAAUGGGCGGCCCAGGGACGGGUUAACUCCACACAUCCUCCACCUACGAGGCUUGUUGGCCACCCCUCUGGUCUUUAAAGGUUAGGGAUAGAGGACACCUUAGUGUGCCUCCUGGUGCUGAGGAACUAGAUCCUCUGCGUACCCCAGCUUCUCCACAUGACACUGCUAGGGGUACCUGGUGGCUGCCACUCCAGAGGGUGAACUGGGGACCCUCCACCCUCCAGGAAGCCAUGGUGUCCGCUGGAGGCACCAUAUCAGCCCACAGGACUAGGGUGGGGAGCAGACAGGCCAGUGGGCGGAGGUCUUGACAGUUCAAGUGUGAUGCAGCUGUGGCAAGGAGAAAUCCUUUCACCUUUGCAGCCUUGCGUUGUCCAUCUGUAAAAUGGGGACAUGGCCAGCUGAUGGACACCUGAGUCUCUGGCCCACCCACCACUGCCAGCCAGGAUCCGCCAAAGUGUGCAGAGGGCUCAGCAGAGAGCACUAUGAGACGUCCCUCACUAGGGCUAGAACACCUCUGGCCAUAGCCAAAGGUCAGUUUCUCUGCCCCCAGCACAUGGUACCUCUGAGGCAUUCCCAGUGCCAAGGCUCUGUCCCUGUGAAGGUGCAGGGCCUGCUAGUGGGGUGGCUAGUUGGGGUCUAGGGCAGAAGAGGGCCAUUCCAGGCAUCCUGGGGAAUGUGCUGAACGAGGACAACACUGGGCUUUGCACAGCCUGGCAUCACUCUACAGAAACCAUCAAGGGAAUAAAGUGUUCUUUGUUUUGUAA